AUGAGCCCACCCCAGGCUGACCAGGCCUCUUCUCUGGAGGCAGUGAGCCCACCCCAGGCCGACCUGGUCCCUCCUCUAGAAGCAAUGAACCCACCCCAGGCUGAACAGGCCCCUCCUCUAGAAGCAAUGAGCCCACCCCAGGCUGACCAGGCCUCUUCUCUAAGAGCAAUGAACCCACGCCAGGCCGACCUGGUCCCUCCCCAGGCUGACCAGGCCUCUUCUCUAGAGGCGGUGGGCCCACCCCAGGCUGACUUGGCCCGAACAGUCUUUGGGAUCCAUACGAAGGUUCACCUAGGUCGGAUACUCGUCCUCAGAAGGAGCAGCGAUGCGGCUGGGGAGUCCCAGCCGGCGCCCGUCCCUGUCCGACGCCGCUCCUCUGCCAACUACCGAGCCUACGCCACGGAGCCACACGCCAAGAAAAAAUCUAAAAUCUCCGCCUCCAGAAAACUUCAACUGAAGACUCUGAUGCUGCAGAUUGCAAAGCAGGAAAUGGAGCGUGAGGCAGAGGAGCGGCGUGGAGAGAAGGGGCGCGUUCUGAGCACUCGAUGCCAGCCUUUGGAACUGGAUGGGCUGGGCUUUGAAGAGCUUCAGGACUUAUGUCGCCAGCUUCAUGCUCAGGUGGACAAAGUGGAUGAAGAGAGAUACGAUGUGGAAGCAAAAGUCACCAAGAACAUCACUGAGAUCGCAGAUCUGACCCAGAAGAUCUAUGACCUGCGUGGCAAGUUCAAGCGUCCCACCCUGCGAAGAGUGAGGAUCUCUGCGGAUGCCAUGAUGCAAGCGCUUCUGGGGACCCGGGCCAAGGAGUCCUUGGACCUGAGGGCCCACCUCAAACAAGUGAAGAAGGAGGACAUUGAGAAGGAAAACCGGGAGGUGGGAGACUGGCGCAAGAACAUUGAUGCACUAAGUGGAAUGGAGGGCCGCAAGAAAAAGUUUGAGGGCUGAGCACAUGGCUCUCACACUUUGCUCUGAGGAUGUCCCUGAGGAAUAAACCUCUCUACAU